ACCAACCAAUCAGCAAGGGCUACGAUUCUGCAAACAACAUGAUCAGACACGAACGCCACGUCCCGGCUUCCCCCCUCUACCGACCCGACCAGGGCCACGGCACGGCUCGUGAUGAUCCCAGAUACGGCUCAGCACACGGCGGCGGGCGGGACUAUGAGGUUGCUCGGCCCAAAGACCCACCCACACCUGACUACAACACCACCCAGCUUCACAUCCCAGAGAGCAACAGCGAUGACGACACCAAACUGCGGCUGGGGGCACUCAGGGGCAGCCAGGAGAAUCUCAGGGAGUACAGGCCCAACAAUGUCACGUGGGCCGGCUAUCAGGAUCCACCGGUGGUCAAUCGAGGACCUCCCGAAACUGACCGACCCAGCUACGGGGGCGAGAGGGUCCACAGAGACAAUCCCUGGACCUCACGGACUAAAGCAGCAGACGGCGUGGUUGACCCCAGGGUCGGAGGUCAGCAUGACGGCAUUGGAUUGAUCGGCAGCAGGAAUGGUGGCGCCCUCCUCUUCAUCCGAUUCCCUGUUGGACAAGGGGAGAACAUCCAGGUGGCGUCACAGGCAUUUCUCAAAUCCAAAACCCACGACAACGGAGGACGUUUUCUGGGUCUGGCCAAAAAGGUCUACGACUUCGGCUACGAGAAGGGUCCGACAGAAGCUAUCGGGGUCUUCCACUUCCCCAGCAUUGAGAAGGCGUUCCUCUUCUUCCAGAUGGACCCUAUCAUCAGACAGCCGGACUUCCCUCCGCCCUACGGCCAUGCCGAGAUGUGGAUCGUCUCAAACGCCUACCUGCCAGACAACUUACAAUUGUUCAACACCUUCCUACUGUCAGAGGUCCAGCUGCACUCCGGCAAGGAGAAACGGGAAUUCUUUGAGACAUUCCAGAAACCGUUUGAGAACUAUCUAUACAAAAAUGGCGCCAUGCCGUUCGUGGUCUGCUCGUAUGGGUCCUUUGACCGGAAGAGCUUGAGACGUCACAACUACGAUCCCGCAGCCAUAGUCACGUGCCAUCUGUUCCAAGGACUGGACCACCUCAACUGGAUCAGUGGUGAUGAAACUUACUCCAAGUUCCGAAGUCUGCACAACCAGAUGGCAACAGAGAAGUGCUCCAUCUUCAGCCUCUCCAAAGACAUCUAA